GCUGCAAAGCUUCGAUUCCAAUGCCAAUGCCAGGGCCACCUUGCCUGCACAUGCAUCGUGGAGAAUUCAGCAGUGGCGACCCCAACACCAGAGCCCCCCAAGCUCCAGGAAUCUCACAGGCCUCGACCUUGACCGAGAGAGUCCUCAAGCCUAGAGGCCCUGCACCCUCCAGUGAGCCUUGUCGGAUUGGUGACCAGGAGCCACCUGUCCAUGCCCCAAGACCAGAAAGGCAACAGGAACCACUGGGAGCACAGGGCUGUCUUCGGUGUGCCGAGCUGGAGAGAGAGACAGACGACCUGAAAGAGCGAUUAGCGGCCAUGAAGUGCCUCCUCGACAAGUUCCAGGCGCAGUGAAGUGAGAGAGUUGAACCCAGCAUCUUCCUUCCAGACCGGCAGCUGGUAGCUCUGGAGCCCAGGAGCUGCGACCAAGCUGGUUCCCUACGUUUCUUCUUCACCCACGGUUUCCUCUCACCCCCUGCUCUUGCCCUCACCUCACCCGAGUUUAUGGGAAAUCAUCAAA